UGUCAGUGGCAGUCGGUUAUAGUCUUGUUAUAGUUUGGUUAUAGAUUGUGCUCUACAAAUUGGUGCAAUUUCAUAAAAGAUGGUUGUGACAGUAUCUUCCGUGCGGCAACAGCUGACUAAUUUAGCCCAUUCUGGUGGUUCGCACAAAGAUCAAGCUGAAAAGUACCGCACAAUCUUAGAUGCCCUCCUAACGUCAUCGGGCGAAGAGCUGAUAGAUGCCUUGAAAGUUUUUAUCGAAGCAAUUGUCAAUGAAAAUGUUAGUUUAGUUAUCUCGAGACAAGUUUUGACGGAAGUCAGCAACCGGCUAGUUGUUCUACCGGACGAAACUUCAAAGGCGGUUUCUCAUUACACGCUUGACAAGGUCCAGCCACGUGUAAUUUCUUUCGAAGAACAAGUUGCCAGCAUCAGACAGCACCUUGCUGAUAUAUAUGAACGCAACCAGAACUGGCGAGAAGCAGCAAAUGUGUUGGUCGGCAUUCCAUUGGAAACCGGACAAAAGCAGUACACUGUCGACUACAAACUUGAAACUUACCUCAAGAUUGCACGGCUUUAUUUGGAAGAUGACGACCCAGUACAGGCUGAAGCAUUCAUCAACAGAGCUUCCCUGUUACAAGCCGAAUCAAAGAACGAGCAGCUUCAAAUUUACUACAAAGUUUGCUAUGCAAGGGUAUUAGACUACAGAAGAAAAUUCAUCGAAGCAGCGCAAAGAUAUAACGAGUUGUCCUAUAGAUCGAUAAUACACGAAGACGAACGUAUGACUGCUCUUAGAAACGCGCUGAUUUGCACCGUCCUUGCAUCUGCUGGCCAGCAAAGAAGUCGCAUGUUAGCAACUUUAUUUAAAGAUGAACGCUGUCAACAGCUACCUGCUUAUUCGAUUCUUGAAAAAAUGUACUUAGAUCGUAUCAUACGUCGAACCGAACUCCAGGGGUUUGAGGCUCUGCUGCAACCUCAUCAAAAGGCUUGCACCAUUGAUGGUUUAGGUUCAACUAUUCUUGAUCGCGCCGUUAUAGAGCACAACUUGUUGUCAGCAAGUAAACUGUAUAACAACAUUACCUUCGAAGAAUUAGGUGCGCUCUUGGAAAUACCCCCGACUAAUGCUGAAAAAAUUGCUAGCCAAAUGAUCACAGAGGGCCGAAUGAACGGAUAUAUUGACCAAAUUGAUUCCAUUGUGCAUUUCGAAACUCGUGAGAUAUUGCCAACUUGGGACAAACAGAUACAGUCACUUUGUUAUCAAGUGAAUCAGAUCAUUGAAAAGAUAGCUCAGACCGAACCCGAAUGGAUAGCCAAAGCUACGGAAGACCAGAUGGUACACUGAUGGGUUAUGACGAACAGAUUUUAUGGACGUCGAGUAGAUACAUUCAAAGACUUUAAUUGUGAGUCAACGUAUCUGUAAAAAUCUGCGAAAUUGUGGACUACAAGGGAAAAGUCACCACUGUGCUGCAUUUGUGCUACCAGGUCUGGAUAGGAAUGCAACACAUUGAACGAAUUCCCUAAAAUAAAAUAAAAUUGUCAACAGCUUGCUUCCUAACAGCAAAGAGCAAAGAAUUAUGUAAAAAAACUCUGAAAAUUCGGUUGAUUUUCAACUAUUGAAGAAUCUGAUGAUGACUGGACGGAGUGUUUGUUUGAAAGGAUCGCAGUGGUCAGAAGAAAAUACCUUUUCUACUUUCCACUGAUGGCUCACCUGGUUUUGGCCAGAAAAAUUUGCAUUUGGUAAAUUUGAUGACUAUUUGCACAAUUAUAAAUUGAAAAAACUCGACUCCAAUCUUCAACUUUUUCGACCAUUUCCAUUUUAUAGUGAAAAAUUCGAAAUCCAGCAAUUGUUACUAGUGUAAAUAAAAUACGAGCUACAUGGUUCGGUCGUUCAAA